AGCUAAUGCCUGCAAUGCAGUGAAGAAAACGAUAUGACAACAAUAACGUCUAAUGUAACUGGCCCCUCUAACAGUACAACUGGCCCUAGCUUGGCCCCCCCAGUUGAAAUGGUCUAGAACCGCCACUGUGGGUAUGGUGCAUGGUUGGAAUGUUUCAGUUUUCCCCCAAUUGUGUCAUACUGUAUACUUUCGGUGGCUGUGAUAAAGAUGGACAUCCCAUGGAAAUUCACUAAUGCUCUGACACACACAGAGAACUCUUCUCGCUAGAGAACUUGUCAACAGGAAGCUAGCUGGUUUUGAACUGCGGCCUCGUAGUUACAAUAAUACAUCUGGUUCUGAUAAGAACUGUACUUCUCAUUGUCAGAUGAUCCCAAAAGAGGAACUAAGGAAACAAACGCAUCUCAAUAUGCAAAUAAGUGUUCUCACAUGCAUAUACGACAAUAUCUAGCCUGGAUACCAGUCUGUUUGUGCUAAUAUGCCACUCUUGUACUUCGUGUCAUAUGACAAAUAUAAGGGGUGGAAUGUUAGCACAAAACAGUUCUGGAUUAAUGAAAUGGCCACCAGACUAUUUACAUUGACGUUGACCCCCCCUGCAUUUGUUAUGUACCCAGCUGCUACUCGCUGUUUAUUAUGUAUGCAGUCACUUCACUCCUACCUACAUGUACAAAUUGCCGCGCACUGACUCGGUACCGUUAUCCCCUGUAUAUAGCCUCGUUAUUGUUAUUUUAAUGUGUUACUUUUUAUUAAUUUUUACUUUAGUUUAUUUGGUAAACAUUUUCUUAACUCUUCUUGAGCUGCACUGUUGGUUAAGGGCUUUUAAGUAAGCAUUUCACGGUAAGGUCUACACUUGUUGUAUUCGGCGCAUGUGACAAAUUUUGAUUUGAUUUCAGACUAACCGAGACCAUGCUGUUCCAGGUAAUAACAGAACAUUGCCCACAUCUGUUCAUGCAAAAAGUAUGUAGGGUAGAUCAUCUAUUUAUAUAACUUGGGACAUACUGUUGAAACCCCCAUACUUUCUUUCUAGAGUGGUAAAAGUGACGUGAGAGUCAUACGCAUGCGGGGGAAGUUGUGUGGUGUUUUUGCUCACAGUUGCGGGGAACUGCAAAAGGUGUUAAAUACUAGAGGGUCUAAUUAAAUCUCACUUUGACAGAAGCCAAGAAGUCAGGCUUUUGAUCUCUCAAACAUUAUGGAUAUUCUGGGUUCACUACUAAUCAUUUUGCUGGGUACCAUCACAGGGACCAGGGCAGAUGUCCAUCCAAUAGACAAAUAUGGGUUGAAGGGCGGUGCGGCGUGUUUGGCAGUUAGAGAAAACCCUCAUCAAGAGAUGGCGAUGAAAUGGAUGACUGAUGACAAUGUAAUAGUUGUGAGUGAAGAAGUUUCUCCUGAAUACAAGGAGAGGGUCGAUUAUAACUCCACAGACCACUCUCUUUGUCUCAGGAAACUGGAACAAACAGAUACUGGAAUCUACAUUGCAUAUAACGUUGAGAAAUGGAAGGAGACACAAAUGGUCAAAUACAAUUUGAUGGUCCAAGAAGCUGUUUCCAUACCAGUCAUGGAGGUGGUGUCUCUCUCCUCCAACUAUAGUGGUGGAAUGUGUGAUGUCACAGUGAACUGUUCAGUUCCAGGUGUGUGGGUGUUGUCUGUCUGUGAUGGAGGUCAGUGCACACUGUCACAGCAGUCUCUUUCACACACCAGAGUCAACAUCAUCAUCUCCAAUGACAACGGAACUAUCCAGUGCACUGGCAAAAAUAACUUCAGUGCAGAGACCAACUCACAACGCAUGGAGGACAUAUGUAUAGGGCGUUAUUACAGAAGUUGACAACCCAGUGUCCGCUAUACCAGGAAGACCAGAACUACAAAACACCCCUGGUUCUGAGGUGACAUCUAUCUACGUCACUGCAGGCAGACCAGGAGCAGUACCAGCAGCAGCAAUAGAAGAACACCACCCAGUGGACAAAGGGUACACUUUACCAGAAGAAAGUGCAGAGGCACUCUACAGCACUGUGCAGCAACCAGCGGUAGAAGAGCGCCACCUAGUGGACAAACUGGGCUGUCCAAAAAGAGAGAGGCCAGGACCACAUAGCCCUUCUGAGGCAGAGCCUACAUCAAUCUACAGCACAGUACAGGAGCCAGCUAUAGCACAGCGCCACCCAGUGGACAAAUAUGUCAACAAACCAGACAAACUACCUUACUAAACUACCCCUCCAUCCCUCUGAGGCCCCUGAUGUUACAUUGACUAAGACUUGACCCAUAGACUUAGACACUGAAGGAAAACACAGGGAAGUUACAAAGAGUGAGAAUUUAGAGAAUUUAUUGUUUAUAUUGUUCAUGUCUAAUUUUAACCAUAUUUAAAGUGGGAAUCUGUGAUUGCUACAUCAAUUUUGGGGACUUUUAAAUUAAUUAUAUAUAACUAUUGAUUAAUAUAACUUCUGCUUGUUUAAACUCCAUUGUUUGUAAACAAUGUAAUUCUAAACAGACACUGUAUAGCUUCAAAACAUAGUUACAACUAUAAUUUUGAUGUCGUGAAUGGUCAGUCCAUAGCAUCCAUAGCCUCAUCUAUGAAUUAAAGUGGUUACAUUUCUCCAGCCCCAUCACUAAGCUGUUAACCUAAAAAAGGUGGCAGGAUGACGGCAUUCUUAGUAUUUGAACUGCAGAUUUCCCCUUUAAUGAUACAUCGUUUUGCAUACUGUGUUAUUUUCUGUAUAUGAAAAUGAUAAAACAUGCUGAUUAAUACAGCAGCACUUUACAUGCUUUAAAAUAAAUGUUAUAUACAAAACAGUUGAAUUUAAAAUGGGGAGCCCAUUCAAUCAACAAAUUGAUUCAUUGUUGUAUCGAUUGGGCUGUCAAUCAAUCAAACAAGCAAUCAACAGUCAAUCAAUCAAUCAAUCAACCAACCAUCUGAGUAUGUCAUUUUUCCAUAAUUAUUUUUCUAAUACAUACUGUAUGUCUAAUUGUUCAUAUUCUGAGAAAUCACAUUUACAAAUAUAACUAUAAAAGGUA